GAGCGCCCCGAGACCGUCGUGGAGGCCGGCGCGAGGUACGCCGGGCAGUGGCGCGGCGCGCAGUGCCACGGCCACGGCGUUCUCAAGAGGCCCGACGGCUCGUCCUACGAGGGGAACUUCGAGGGCGGCAGGGCGCACGGGUACGGGAAGUUCGUCGCGGCGACCGGCAACAUCGGCCAGUGGGACCAGGACCGCGCCCACGGCCACGGCAGGUACGUCCACGAGGACGGCAGCACCUACACGGGCGAGUGGGCGCAGGACCUACGACGAGAAGUGCGGCAGGGGCCUCGAGCGCUGGGCGGACGGCUCCAUGUACGAGGGCGAGUUCUUCCACGGCAGCAAGCACGGCAACGGCUCCUACAAGUCGAGCAGCGGCGCCGUCGUGUUCGAAGGGCAGUUCUCCCACGACAAGAUGGACGGCAAGGGGGUCUACAACUUCGCCGACGGCCGCACGUACAACGGCGAGUGGCACCGCGGCCACAUGCACGGCGACGGCCUGAUGCAGUGGCCCGACGGCUCCUCGUACCGCGGCGGUUACAAGAAGGACCUGCGCCAGGGCGAGGGCACGCUCGCGUGGCCCGACGGGAGGAAGUACCGCGGCCAGUGGUGCAACGGCAGGCAGGAGGGCAGCGGCGUCAUGGUCGACAGCGACGGCCGGGAGGUCAGCGGCACCUGGAAGAACGGCGCCCAGGUCACCUGAGGCGCAGGCCGCCUUUCAGCGCCCCGCCUCUCCGAGGCGGCGGGGCCGAGCGCGGCCCCGCCGCUGCGCGGGCCUCCCUGCGCCAGCCUCGCCGAAGAGCGGGCGGUCCUCCUGCGGUCUCGCCCUCUGCGCCUCUCGCCGGUACGAUCGAAGUGGGUGCGGAAAGUCGGAGGGAAGAGAUCGGGUGCGAAGACCGACAGCAGUUGCAGUCCAUUCUGAGCAGGGUUCGCCGUCGGCGUGGGCCGCUGGCGCUGUGGAUAUGAGACGGGAGGCGGCCGUCUACAGCCCACAUAGACUCUGCAUCGCUGUUGGCCAGGUCUGCGCUCGCCGUCGUCCUCCUCCUCCUCCUCCCCCUCCCCCCUUCCGAUGCUGCACGUGCGCCGACGCUUCUCGUUUCACCCCGCUCCCCAGCGCGGCCUGUCGUGGCGAGGUGGCAGUGCUAAAUCGCCCGCCCCUGCUCGACGGUGCCAA